GAAAACCCAGCAAGACCUUCCACGUGAGCCGGCCUGAAGCGGGCUCUGGCCGGCCGCCCCCACCCUCCACCGCGUCCUCCCCAAACCAACAAACAAUAGCGCACGCAGCCCGCGUCUUGGAAGCUCAGCUUGCUGCCGAGAACAAGGGGCUGGAGUUGUUCCUCGCCAGGGAAAUGUGGCCUCUGAACAGCCCUUCAGAGCCGAUCUGAAGUCUGGCCAAGGUGGUAACAGUCGGACGGAUUAGCAGUCUCGGGACCAAGUGGUCUGAAGGUCCCCGCCCUUUGUGGUGGAGGGUGCAGGGGCCUCGGCGCGGCGCUCGCCCGAGUCCAAGUUCCCCAUUGGCUUCCCCGUGACUCCCCACUCCGAGCUCGGCGCGGGAUGGUGAGCGCCCUCCAAAGACCCCCUGCUAACGCGGAGGAAUGCUGGGAAAAAACUUGCCCUCGAGAGUUGCCAGCGCUCCAAACCUGGCUGUGGCCACAACCGAGGAGCCGGAUGUGCACGGCGGGUGUGAGGCGCAGGCAGCUGGCGGUAGCCUCGGGGAUGAAGGUCUGCCCCUGGGGCCGGCGGACGCAGGGCCACACGUGGGGUUGAGCCGCGAGGCCCUGUGGCCACGGGCUCCCGGCCCUGAGAACAUGACCACGGCCCAGAAUGGCCACGGCCUAGUGGCUGCAAUCCCCUGUCCGGUCUCCGACGCGAAAGACCCCAAAAUGGUGACCUACGCGGCGUGCCAGAACGGAGGGUGCGGCGGCGACGCGGACGCCCAGGACGCCCGGCUCGGCCCCGCCAGGCUCGUGCGCCUCUUCUCCGUGAGCAGGAAGAGGACGGGCGCCAACCCCGAGAGGCCCCGCUCCGUGGUCCUGAUGGGGCACUCCUCCACCUGGAACGCCCUGCUGCACGACGACUACUCGCGCCGCGUGUCCAGCAGCACCGAGCUGGAGCGCAGGAGGUGCGCCGCGGCCCCGGGCUUCAGCCCAGAGCGUCCUCGGCUACCCCACUUGGACGCGGAGACAGCCGUGUGUCCUCUCGAAGCCCAGAACGUCGAUCCUUGCGAGGCUGGCAGCUCGUCCCCGAGUCCGUUUGCCCAGGAAGGGUCGAGCAAAGACUCCCACGAAGCCAAAGCCGGCAGCCAGUUUACAUUCGAACCCGAGCAGCCGCUCACCCCCCUAAGGCCCACCACACCCAAGCCCCCUAGUCCUCAGAGCCCGGGCGCUGGAAAUGCCAAGUGUCCCAGCAAUCUCAGCGCGCUGUCCCUGAGUUCAGUGGACAGCGACGAAAGGGCGGAAGGUCCUGUGUCCUUCCAGGAUUCGGUGCAAGCCACAUGUGACAGAAGCAGUAAGGACAGCAUUGUCGGCAGCCACCCUCAGCUGAGUCCCAGUGGGGCCUCGGGUCCAGAAGAAAAGGAGGAGGUUGCUACUGAGGAGCCUUGGAGGCGGGACCCACCCCAGGAGGAGGACAGGACCGGGCUGCAGAGGGUCUGCAAGAGGAGGUGGGGCUCCGGGAGAAGACCCAGGCCGCGACCCCUCUCGGACUAUGGCCAGUUGGCCGGCCGGAGCUUGUCUAUUCCUGAGGACUCUAUUGCUGUGGACCCGCAGACGGAGGACACUGUGGACAGUGGCCAGCAGCCGAGCACGCCGUCCAAGGACCCUGCGCACCAGAACGCUGCCCCGGGCUGCCCCAAAGGCCGGAGAAAGCGCCCCGUCUCUGUGAUAGGCGGGGUCAGCUUCUAUGGGAACAGCCAGACAGAAGAAAUAGAGACCCUGCUGACCCAAGCAGCAGCCAGGCCGCCCGUGCCAGCUCACCAGGUGCCGCCCUACAAAGCGGUCUCGGCCCGAUUCCGGCCGUUCACGUUCUCCCAGAGCACCCCCAUCGGGCUGGACCGCGUGGGACGUCGGCGGCAGAUGAGAGCGUCCAACAUUUCUUCAGAUGGUGGUACGGAGUCGUCUGCCUUAGUGGACGACAACGGCAGUGAGGAGGACUACAGCUAUGAAGACCUCUGUCAGGGCAACCCCAGAUACCUGCAGCCGGGCGGGGAGCAGCUGGCCAUCAACGAGCUGAUCGGCGAUGGCAGUGUGGUCUGUGCGGAAGCCCUGUGGGACCAUGUGACCAUGGAUGACCAGGAGCUGGGCUUCAAGGCGGGAGAUGUCAUCCAGGUUCUGGAAGCCUCUAACAAGGACUGGUGGUGGGGCCGGAAUGAGGACAAGGAGGCCUGGUUCCCCGCAAGCUUUGUCAGACUGCGAGUCAAUCAGGAAGAGCUGUCGGAGAAGUCCGGCGGCACCCCGGGCGGGGAGCAGGCGGAGGGCACCGGCACGGACCGCCACAGGCACUGCGAGAGCAAGCAGCAGAUGAGGGCCAACGUCAUCCAGGAGAUCAUGAACACCGAGCGCGUGUACAUCAAGCACCUCAAGGACAUUUGCGAGGGCUACAUUCGGCAGUGUCGCAAGCACACAGGAAUGUUCACCGUUGCACAGCUAGCCACCAUUUUUGGAAACAUCGAAGAUAUUUACAAGUUCCAAAGAAAGUUCCUGAAGGACCUCGAGAAACAGUACAAUAAAGAGGAACCUCAUUUAAGUGAAAUAGGAUCCUGCUUUCUUCAACACCAAGAGGGCUUCGGCAUCUACUCGGAGUACUGCAACAACCACCCCGGCGCCUGCGCGGAGCUGUCCGGCCUCAUGAAGCAGAGCCGCUACCGGCACUUCUUCGAGGCCUGCCGCCUGCUGCAGCAGAUGAUCGACAUCGCCCUGGACGGCUUCCUCCUCACGCCCGUGCAGAAGAUCUGCAAGUACCCUCUGCAGCUGGCCGAGCUGCUCAAGUACACCACGCAGGAGCACAGCGAUCACAGCAACAUAAAGGCAGCGUACGAGGCCAUGAAGAACGUAGCCUGUCUGAUCAAUGAGCGCAAACGCAAGCUGGAAAGCAUAGACAAGAUAGCACGGUGGCAGGUGUCCAUCGUAGGCUGGGAGGGACAGGACAUCUUAGACCGAAGCUCAGAACUGAUCCAUUCUGGGGAACUGACCAGAAUCAGCAAGCAAGGCAGGAGCCAGCAGCGGACCUUCUUCCUGUUUGACCACCAGCUCGUGUCCUGCAAGAAGGACCUGCUGCGCAGGGACAUGCUCUAUUACCGCGGCCGCGUGGACAUGGACGACAUGGAGCUCGUGGACCUGGAGGACGGGCGGGACAAGGACUGGAACCUCAGCCUGAAAAAUGCCUUCAAGCUCGUCAGCAGAACCACGGACGAGGCUCACGUGUUCUGCGCCAGAAAACAGGAGGACAAGGCGAGGUGGCUGCAGGCCUGCGCGGACGAAAGGAGGAGGGUGCGGGAGGACCGGGAGAUGGGAAUGGAAAUUUCAGAAAAUCAGAAGAAACUUGCCAUGUUAAAUGCUCAAAAGGCAGGACACGGAAAGUCAAAAGGCUACGGCGGGUGCCCCGUGGCCCCACCGCACCAGACCCUGCACCCCCUGCACCAGCGCCACGUCACCGUGCCCACCAGCGUCCCGCAGCAGCAGGUGUUCGCCCUGGCGGAGCCCAAGAGGAAGCCCUCGCUGUUCUGGCACACCUUCAACAAACUCACCCCGUUCAAGAAGUGAGAGCGGGGGCCGCCCUUCCGCCGAGGCGGCCGUGACGAGGACCUUUUUGUUUCUUCUGUGCCCGGUCCAAGGACGGUGUGGGGACCAUGUGCCGAAGGCCUCUCUCGAGGACCAGUGAAGAAAGAAGGACUCGGGCUCGCCUUCAGUCUUCAGAGAUGCAGCCGCCCCCUUGGAAGUGGGGAGCCGGUGACGACUCGGCUUUAAUGGACAUGAGAGCCCUCUGUGGCCUGUGCGAAGUGGCCGAGACCUAGGGUCCAGUGACGUGCUCUAAAGUGAAUGCUGGGCAUCGCUGAUGACGAGCGCUCCGGCCACUGAAG